CCCGGCCGAGACUUGCACACGCAACCCUCGGGUCAGUGGGGGGUUCCUCCGUGCUUUUGUCAUAUAUCAUUCGGAGGGUAGUGUGCGACUAUUCUUUGCCAAGGCCGCGUUCUCGAAGACUUUGUCAACCUUCUCUGCGUCAGCCACUUUUGGUUUUAGGUCUGCACUUCACAGGUCGCUGCUCGUUGCCGAACUCGCUAGCUUGAAGCCAUGUUGGCUCUCUUGACGGAAUCAUGGACGUGGUAUGCGAUAACAUGGCUUGUGGUGAUUGCCCGAGUGUUCUCCCGCAAGCUGCUCGUCGGCUCCUUCAAGAAGUUGCAGCUUGAAGACUUCCUCAUGUUUGUUGCAAUGAUUGCCGACACGGUUCUCAUCGCGACCAUGAACAUUGUUGCCGACACGAGCAGCAACCUGAUCGACCCCAACGACACCACUCCGCUGGACGCCGAGAACAUUGCGCUCCGCGAGUUCGGGUCCAAGAUGGUGCUCGUCGUGGAGCAAAUGCAGUGCAUCACCAUCUGGCUAGUCAAGGCGUGCCUGCUGCUCAUGUACAGCCACCUGACGAUGAAUCUCAAGCAACGGGUCGCGGUCAAGAUUGUGGCGGGCUAUGCCGCAGCGGGGUUUGUGAUCAUGGAGAUCCUAUACCUCGGCGUCUGGUGCCGGCCAUUCAACCAGUACUGGGCGGUGCCGCCUGACAACAUCCAGUGCUCGGCAGCGACGAACCACUUGAUCACUAAUCUCGUGCUCAACAUCUCGUCAGACAUCAUGAUCAUGCUCAUCCCCAUGCCGAUCCUGGUGAAGUCGUCGCUGCCGCUGAAGAAGAAGCUCGUCCUGGGAGGCAUUUUCCUGCUCGGAAGUUUCACUAUUCUCUCAGCACUGCUCAGCAAGUACUACAGCUUUACGGAGCCCUUUGGGUCGGCAUGGACUUUCUGGUACAUCCGCGAGUCGUCGACGGCCCUUAUCACGGCGAACCUACCCGCGACGUGGACGCUGAUCCGGCACCGGUUCCACCUGUCGUCGUUCAAUGCCAAGUCGUCACAACGGACGGGGCCCAAUAUCUCGUCGGGCUUCCGCUCGGGAUACCCCAACAACCGGCACGGGUCGAGGCUGCACUCGACGGCGGGGCGGGGCGACGAGGACGCGAUGGAGCUGGGGGCCACCGACAGCCAGGAGCAAAUCAACAAGACAUACAUGAUGCCGCUGCAGAUAUACAAGCAACAGGAGGUGCAGGUCGAGGUGCACGUCGGGGGGACCAAAGCAGGGUCGGUGCAGGACAGCGACAGCAGCAGCAACGGGCGGGGAGGAGAGGGACCAGCCGGGCGGCCACAGUUGGCACCCAAGAUCUCGUUCAAGGACAAGAACGGCCACCAGGAGGGCCCCUCGGCGGACGGCCGGGACGGGAUUGUGACGACGAUUGCGGGUGGGCGUUGA